UAAUGGAAACACAAGUCCCCGGUGAUGGAGCCGAACCUUCCGCAGCCAUGGUAGUUGAAGAGGCAAAAAUGGCCGCUUCAGUUCCUCACUCAGAAGUGCAUGAAGUAGCUGACCCGGCAGAAUCCGAUGAGCUGCCUACCCCGGAAGAUGUUGCUGGGUGUGACGAAAUCUGCCAAAGAGUCAUGAAGCUGUUAGAAGAUUGGAAAAUCACUAAGAGUAUGCCAUCGGGAGGUUUGAUGAAUCCUCCAAGUCUACCCACAGUUACUAUGGCUGGUGAUGAAGAAGGUAGUUCAAGUGUUGAAAAAAAAAGAAGUGGAAGGUAAAGGGUGCAGACAGAAGCGCCCGGCGCAGACAUUGUUGAGCCCAUUUACAGAUCCUUUGAGGAAGAAGAGGACGAUGACUGUGUCGGCUGCGACUGCAACCCCGCCAUGUUUUGAUCCAUCCAAAUCCUUGCCCAUUGAAGAUGUGAAGGCAGUACUACAGUUUUGCAGUGCCUGGAAAAGCGAUAUCAGUGCGGAGGUGCAGCUGGAAUCAUUUUCAGUGGGCGCUGAUUUUUUCUACAGACUUGUCGAUGAAACCGAAUGGAUGAGCUCAAGGCACCUGGACAUGGCAACCUUUCUUAUCCGCAAAAGGCAACUAUCUCAUCCGUUGGUUUUUGGAACGGACUGGACAACGGCAGAUUGUUGCUUGCAGCAAUUUCUAGAGCCGUUCAAACCGACGGGCAGGAAACGUGGAUCGAAGAAGGCUGCUGGUUCAAACACCGUUGACCUUCCAGCCAGCAAGGUGAAGAAUUUACAUCACUUUGUGCGUGCUGGUUACGCUUCUGCCCCUAUUAGCGAUACGCUGGCACGAGUGCUGUUCGAUAUGCACUUUUAUGAUGAGUCUGAGGUUGAAGAGGUGAAGCAAAAGGGCCUGACGAUGUCGAUGUAUACGCCAUUCUCAGUGUGCAUCAUUGCAGAUGUGCCACAACAACGAGAUGGGUAA